UCGUCGCCGCCGCCCUCGCUGACACCUUUAAUUUUCAGGUUUCAGGAGGAGGGUUUAAACAGAGGCGAGUGGGGCUGAAGGUGAGAGACACUGCGGCCCGGGACCCUGCUCUGGGGCGCUGACAGGAGCGAGAAGUCAAGGGGAGCCCAGAGAUGACGUUGGGCAGCGCCUUCCCGCUGGACGCAGCCACUUUACUGAUCCUCGGCGCCCUCUCCCUCUUGCUCCUCCUUUACUUUCGCCGCGGCUCGAAGUGCCAUGGAGCGCUCAACCUGCCCCCGGGACCCCCUUGUCUGCCCAUCAUCGGUCACCUGCACCUGAUGGAUCUGAAGAAGCCCCACGAGAGUCUCAUGGAGCUGUCUGAGAAGUACGGUCCAAUCUUCAGCAUCAAGCUUGGAACCAUGAAGGCUGUGGUCCUGACCGGCUACGAGACUGUGAAGGAUGCUCUCGUCAACCAUCCCGAUGAGUUUGGAGGAAGAGGUCACAUCCCAAUAUUUGAGAUCACAUCAAAGGGUCAUGGCAUCGUCUUUGGUCAUGGGGAAUCUUGGAAGCAGAUGCGAAGAUUCACCAUAUCCACUCUGAGAGAUUUUGGAAUGGGCAAGAAAUCUAUCGAAGAUAAAAUCAUUGAAGAAACCCAUUUCCUCAUAAAAAUGUUUGAAUCGUACGAAGGCCAAGAAUUUGAUCCAACCAUCAAGUUAAACAUUGCUGUGGCCAAUAUAAUCUGCGCAAUAGUUUUUGGUGACAGAUUUGAUUACGAUGAUGAAAGGUUCAUUAGUUUGGUGAAGAGAGUGAAUGAAAAUAUGCAACUUGGUGGAUCUCUGAUGGUGCAGCUCUACAAUGCAUUUCCCAUACUGGGAUUUUUUCCUGGUUCACACAAGAAAAUGAUGCAAAAUACACGAUUAAAUACUGGAUUCAUCAAAAACAUUGUGAAUGAAAAUGAUCAGAAACUAGAUGCAAAUGACCCAAGGAGCUUUAUUGAUGCCUUCUUGUUAAAACAGCACCAGGAGUCGGGUAAUCCAAACACAUAUUUCCAUGAAAACAACCUGUUAUUCACAGCACUCAACCUGUUUGUUGCUGGGAUGGAGACGACUUCAAGCACACUUCGUUGGGCCAUGCUGCUGAUGAUGAAGUACCCCCACGUACAGGAGAAAGUUCACGAGGAAAUCAUCAGUAUCAUUGGGUCAGAACGGUCGCCCAGAGCUGAAGAUCGGACGAGUUUGCCCUACACCAAUGCGGUGAUCCAUGAAGUCCAGAGAUUUGGCAACGUUGCACCAAUGAACCUCCUGCAUUCAACAACAGCGGACGUAAACUUUAAAGGAUAUUUCAUCCCAAAGGACACUCCCGUGAUCCCAUUACUGACCUCGGUACUUUUCGAUAAAACUCAGUGGGAAAACCCGGGAGCCUUUAACCCUUCCAACUUUCUGGAUGCUGAUGGGAAGUUUGUGAAGAAAGAUGCUUUUGCUCCUUUCUCCAUGGGACGCAGGGCCUGUGCUGGAGAAGCCCUGGCCAGGGUGGAGCUCUUCCUGUUCUUUACCACUCUGAUACAGAAGUUCCGGUUUCAAGUCCCCCCGAAUGUGAACAAUCUGGAGCUUGUGUCCGGUGUGGGCUUCACAUCAUCCCCAAAAUACCGAAACGUGUGUGCUGUGCCUGAGUGCGGCUCCCUCCCACUUGCCACCAACGUUAGUUGCCCUGACGCCACUUUACUGAAUCCGCAGCCAAGAGGUGGCUCCUCACUCGUCGCCGCCGCACUCGCUGACACCUUUAACUUCCAGGAGCGAGAAGUCAAGGGGAGCCCAGUGAUGAUGUUCGGCAGCGCCUUCCCGCUGGACGCAGCCACUUUUCUGAUCCUCGGCGCCCUCUCCCUCUUGCUCCUCCUUUACUUUCGCCGCGGCUCUAAGUGCCAUGGAGCGCUCAACCUGCCCCCGGGACCCCCUUGUCUGCCCAUCAUCGGUCACCUGCACCUGAUGGAUCUGAAGAAACCCCACGAGAGUCUCAUGGAGGAUGUGGGCAUUGCAGCAGGGUCAGGUGGUAAUGCCCAUGCCCCUGACCUAAGGAGGCAAAACGACCCUGCUGCGGUCCGUGCCUCCCUCCUGCUUAAUCUAGCAGGUCCAGAUGCCAUGAAGAGAGCUCGAGCUUUCGUUUAUGAUCCAGAGGUCCUGGAUGCCAACGGCCAGAUCGCCGUGCCCGCUGAGUCUGCCGACGACCCGGUAUGUCUUUUACGUAAAUUUGAUGAGAUUUGUGACCUGCCCUCCAACCUAUUGGAGCGGUCCAGGUUCUUCAAGCGGAAACAACAGCCUGACAAGCCUGUCGAGUGUUUCAUCACUGACCUGCGCUAUCUUGCUCAGCGGUGCCAUUUUGAAAAUAUGUGUGAUCAGCUCACCAGGGACAUUCUAGUUACUGGCAUGUUAGACCAGAAGUUACGUGCUGAUUUGCUGCAAAGACCCGACCUGACCCUGACUCAGGCAAUGCAUGCGUGUCGCAUCGCUGAGGUGGUAACCCCUACACAUGGGGUGAGGGGAUCGGACAGCCGCGCUGUCAAUCUGACUGGUGUUACGAGGCCACGACGUUCGCAGGACGGUUCCCGCCCUACACCGCGACCCGCCCGUCCAUCUCGGGACCCGCGGGCACCUAAGUGUCCGAAUUUUCACGAAGUUCAGGCCGUGAUGGACCCGCUAUCCGAGUACCCGGACCUCUUUGACGGUAAGCUGGGGAAGCUACCGCUAGUGUACAAGAUUGCAACUGACCCCUCCGUGAUGCCUGUCAUUCGCCCGCCGCACAGAGUGUCAUUCGCCAUGAAGGACAAGGUCUACGGCAGAGAUGUGGCUGAGCAUGACCGCAACCUCCGCAGAAUCCUUGACCGCGCCAGGCAGGUAAAUCUCAAGCUGAACCCGUCAAAAUGCCGUUUCCGCGUACCCGAAGUACAGUACGUUGGCCACAUUUUCACGGCCAAAGGGUUGAAGCCCGACCCACAAAAGACGAGCGCCAUCUCUGAACUGCCUGCCCCCACUGACAUUGCUGGUCUACAGCGAUUCCUGGGCAUGCUCAACUACCUGGGUAAAUUCAUUCCCGACCUCAGUGAGUUGAGCGCACCCCUGAGACAGCUGACUAAAAAAGACAUUGCCUGGUCCUGGUUCCCACACCACCAGCAGGCCUUCGACCUGUUGAAGAACAAGUUGAUCAGCACUCCCACUCUGAGGUUCUUCGAUUUAAAGUGUCCGGUGGUGGUGACAUGUGAUGCCUCACAUUUUGGCCUGGGUGCUGCUUGUCUGCAGCCGCAUAAUGAUGGUUCUCUGCAGCCGGUCUCCUAUGCCUCUAGGACCAUGACGGACACGGAGCAGCGCUACGCGCAGAUUGAGAAGGAGCUGCUGGCGGUUGUGUUCGCUUGUUCGAAAUUUCGUGACUUCCUUUUUGGCAACCGUUUCACUGUCGAAACGGAUCACCAACCUCUGGUAACGAUCCUCAACAAACCGAUUCACGUUGCUCCCGCAAGGCUGCAGCGGAUGAUGCUGCAGCUGCAGCGUUUUGACCCCCGAACCUCACGCGACCAGCACCCCUUUGAACAGGAUGAUCUACAGAUGCUGAACGUGAACUUUGUCCCUUCUAAGCAGCUCCAAUGCCUGGUUGCGCACACCGCUGACGACCCCGAUCUUCAACAGCUUGCCGCUGUCAUCAGGCGUGGAUGGCCUGUCAGACGCACCUCUUUACCUGCUGCCGUUCACCCCUUCUUCCUGGUUCGUGAUGAGCUGGUGCUCAUCGAUGGCAUUAUCAUCAAAGGCCACAAGGUUGUCGUCCCUGCCUCCCUCUACGACCUGUACUACAAUGCUGCCCACAUGGGGCAUCCGGGGGCCGACGCCACUGUCUCGCAUGCCCAGGAACAGUACUAUUGGCCUGGCAUGGUCGUCCGUUUGCAGACGUCCACCGGUUUCUCCAAGCUCGCUACCGUGGUGGGGGUCGGCGAUUCGCCGCGUUCCUACUUGGUGGACUAUGAGGGCACUGUAUACCGGCGCAGCCGUCAGCACCUGUUGGCGGUCAGGGAGCCGAAACCUCCUCCUGCUGCCCCUUACUCGCCUCCGCCUGUGGUGCCCCCCGCCCGUAACGUGCCCCCUGCCCGUAACAUGCCUAUCCAGCAGGUGCAGGUGACCGAUGAUGGGCAGACAAGGGGGUCCCGGGGGCAGGUUGAGCGCUCCAUGGCACUUAGAGCCGCGGCGAAAGUAAAGGAGGAGCAAGAGGGAGAGGUAGCCGAGGAUCAAGCAGGGUCCCGGGCCGCAGUGUCUCUCACCUUCAGCCCCACUCGCCUCUGUUUAAACCCUCCUCCUGAAACCUGGAAAUUAAAGGUGUCAGCGAGGGCGGCGGCGACGAGUGAGGAGCCACCUCUUGGCUGCGGAUUCAGUAAAGUGGCGCCAGGGCAACUAACGUUGGUGACACCGCGUCGCCUGUUGAACGUUGCCGGGGUUGAGUGCUUUGGUUUCACGGUCACACUGAGUAAGUGUCCGGGGACAGCUGAGUGCGGCUCCCUCCCACUUGCCACCAACGUUAGUUGCCCUGACGCCACUUUACUGAAUCCGCAGCAAAGAGGUGGCUCCUCACUCGUCGCCGCCGCACUCGCUGACACCUUUAACUUCCAGGUUUCAGGAGGAGGGUUUAAACAGAGGCGAGUGGGGCUGAAGGAGCGAGAAGUCAAGGGGAGCCCAGAGAUGAUGUUCGGCAGCGCCUUCCCGCUGGACGCAGCCACUUUACUGAUCCUCGGCGCCCUCUCCCUCUUGCUCCUCCUUUACUUUCGCCGCGGCUCUAAGUGCCAUGGAGCGCUCAACCUGCCCCCGGGACCCCCUUGUCUGCCCAUCAUCGGUCACCUGCACCUGAUGGAUCUGAAGAAGCCCCACGAGAGUCUCAUGGAGCUGUCUGAGAAGUACGGUCCUAUCUUCAGCAUCAAGCUUGGAACUAUGAAGGCUGUGGUCCUGACCGGGUACGAGACCGUGAAGGAUGCUCUCAUCAAUCAUCCCGAUGAGUUUGGAGGAAGAGGUCACAUCCCAAUAUUUGAGAUCACAUCAAAGGGUCAUGGCAUCAUCUUUGGUCAUGGGGAAUCGUGGAAGCAGAUGCGAAGAUUCACCAUGUCCACUCUGCGGGACUUUGGAAUGGGCAAGAAAUCUAUCGAAGAUAAAAUCAUUGAAGAAACCAAUUUCCUCAUAAAAAUGUUUGAAUCAUACGAAGGCCAAGAAUUUAAUCCAACCAUCAAGUUAAACAUUGCUGUGGCCAAUAUAAUCUGCGCAAUAAUUUUUGGUGACAGAUUUGAUUAUGAUGAUGAAAAGUUCAUUAGUUUGGUGAAGAGAGUGAAUGAAAGUGUGCAACUUGGUGGAUCUCUGAUGGUGCAGCUUUACAAUGCAUUUCCCAUUCUGGGAUUUCUUCCUGGUUCUCACAAGAAAAUGUUCCAACAUGAAGGAUUAAUUACUGGAUUCAUCAAAAAGAUUAUGAAUGAAAAUGAUCAGAAACUAGAUGCAAAUGACCCAAGGAGCUUUAUUGAUGCCUUCUUGUUAAAACAGCGGCAGGAGUCGGGUAAUCCAAACACAUAUUUCCAUGAAAACAACCUGUUAUUCACGGCAUCCAACCUGUUUGGUGCUGGGAUGGAGACGACUUCAACCACACUUCGUUGGGCCAUGCUGCUGAUGAUGAAGUACCCCUACAUACAGGAGAAAGUUCACGAGGAAAUCAUCAGUAUCAUUGGGUCAGAACGGUCGCCCAGAGCUGAAGAUCGGACGAAUUUGCCCUACACCAAUGCGGUGAUCCAUGAAGUCCAGAGAUUUGGCAACAUUGCACCAAUGAACCUCCUGCAUUCAACAACAGCGGAUGUAAACUUUAAAGGAUAUUUCAUCCCAAAGGACACUCCCGUGAUCCCCUUACUGACCUCGGUGCUUUUCGAUAAAACUCAGUGGGAAAACCCGAGAGCCUUUAACCCUUCCAACUUUCUGGAUGCUGAUGGGAAGUUUGUGAAGAGAGAUGCUUUUGCUCCUUUCUCCAUGGGACGCAGGGCCUGUGCUGGAGAAGCCCUGGCCAGGGUGGAGCUCUUCCUGUUCUUUACCAUUCUGAUACAGAAGUUCCGGUUUCAAGUCCCCCCGAAUGUGAACAAUCUGGAGCUUGUGUCCGGUGUGGGCUUCACAUCAUCCCCAAAAUACCAAAACGUGUGUGCUGUGCGUCGCUGAUGUCACACAUCCUUUGACAGAAUAAACAUUUUUGGCAAGAGAAAUCUGUGAGAAAACAUCUUUAUGUGGCAAUUGUUUUUCUUUGGAAUAUGGUACCGUAUAUCCAUCUGUCUUCAAAUGCAUCUUACAGCGCCCUCCAUAAUCUUUCGGACAAAGACCCAUUAUUCAUUUAUUUGCCUCUGUACUCCACAAUUUGAGAUUUGUAAUAGAAAAAAAUCACAUGUGGUUAAAGUGCACAUUGUCAGAUUUUAAUAAAGGCCAUUUUUAUACAUUUUGGUUUCACUAUUUAGAAAUUACAUCAGUGUUUAUACAUAGUCUCCCCAUUUCAGGGCAUCAUUAUGUUUGGGACACAGCAAUGUGAUGCAAAUGAAAGGAGUCGUGUUUAGUACUUUGUUGCAUAUCCUUUGCAUGCAAUGACUGCUUGAUGUCUGCAAUUCAUGGACAUCAUCAACUGCUGGGUGCCUUCUCUGGUGAUGCUCUGACAGGCCUCAAUUACAGCCACCUUUAGCUUAUGCUUGUUUUGGGGGCUAGUCCCCUUCAGUUUUCUCGUCAGCAUAUAAAAGGUAUGCUCAAUUGGGUUCAGAUCAGGUGAUUGACUUGGCCACUCAAGAAUUGACCAUUUUUAGCUUUGAAAAACUCAUUUGUUGCUUUAGCGGUAUGUUUAGGAUCAUUGUCUUGCUGGAAAAUGAACCGCCGGCCAAUUAGUAUUGUUGCAUUUGAACUUGAGCAGAUGGGAUGUAUCUGUACACUUCAGAAUUCAUUAUGGUACUAUCAUCAGCUGUAGUAUCAUCAAUGAAGAUCAGUGAGCCAGUACCUUCAGCAUCCAAACAUGCCCAGGCCAUAACACCCCCACAAAGUGUUUCACAGGUGAGGUGGUAUGCUUUGGACUUUGGGGAGUUCCUUCUCUCCUCCAUACUUUGAACUUGCCAUCACUCCGAUAUGUUAAUCUUUGUCUCAUCUGUCCACAAGACGCUUUUAAAGAACUCCAUUUGCUAUUUUAAGUACUUCUUGGUAAACUAACCUGGCCAUCCUAUUUUUCUGGCUAACCAGUGGUUUGCAUCUCGCAGUGUAGCCUCUGUAUUUCUGUUCAUUAAGUGUUCUGUGGACAGUAGUCAUUGACAAACCCACACCUGACUCCUGAAGAGUGUUUCUGAGGUGUUGGACAGGUUUUUGGGGAAUUUCUUUGUUAUAGAAAGAAUUCUUCUGACAUCAGCUGUGGAGGUCUUCCUUGGCCUGCCAGUCCCUUUGCGAUUAGUAAGCUCACGAGUGCCCUCUUUCUUCUUAAUGAUGUUCCAGUUGAUUUUGGUAAGCCUAAGGUUUGGCUGAUGUCUCUUAACAGUUUUAUUCUUGUUUGUCAGUCUCAUAAUGGCUUAUUUGACUUUCAUUGGCACACCUUUGGUUCUCAUGUUGAUAAACAGCAAUAAAGGUUUCCAAAGGUGAUAGAAAGACUGGAGGAAAGACUAGGUGCUGAGAGCUCUCUUAUACUUGCAUUAAGGACGCAUUUAAACACUCCUGAAGAAUUCCAAAUACCUGUGAAGCCAUAUGUCCCAAUCAUUAUGA